AUGCGGACACCGGUCGCGGAGUGCACAAGUGGGGACAAGGAGUCAGGAGUGCAGGUCAGCGUUGCCAUAGCGGGUGACCGCUAUGCGGACACCGGUCGCGGAGUGCACAAGUGGGGACAAGGAGUCAGGAGUGCAGGUCAUACAAUUAUGCCAGGCGGGGGGCAAAGAUGGGACGAAACGGUAGUAGGCGGAAUGCCCAGCGAACACGGCCGACCACAACGACACAGAGCCAGUGGAGGAACGAUGGAUGGCCCUACGGUGGAGCAGGUUAUCCCUGAGGUGAGGGAGGCAACGGAGGUGUUGGUCAACCCAGAUGAUCCUCCGCAGCGCAUAAGACAGGAGGAAACAGAGGCAGACGAGCACAUAAGACAGCAGCAAGCAGCGGCAGCCGAGCUAUUGAAUCAGUUCAGCCGCCACGAUUUCGAGAUCAUGUUGCUGCACGCGAUUGAGGAAGGCAUGUUCCCGCCAGCAGGAGAGGGAGAGGGAAGCGGGACGGAGGGAUGGCGUGCGCCUGGAGCGCCGACUGAGAUCGGGCCGAUCAACGAGGAGCGAGCUGCAUUAUUGGUUGAGAGGUAUCGUUCAAUGAGAUACCGAGCGAACACCUGGCAGGAGAACGGGAACGCGAUCAGGGCUUCAACAGCUUUCCUGUCAGCGGUGUCGGAGGUCAUAUUGCACGAAACACAAGGUAGUGCAAGUACAAACGACAGUGACGGGUUUCACGAUCCAGAGGUCCAGGCAGACCGCACAGAAGGAGGUUCUACAGGAGGUGUAGAAACACGUUCAUUGGGUGAAACUCCAUGA